AUGAAAGCUGACGUUAGCAAGAUUUGGGAUAUAUUCGGAUAACAUUAUGCGUUAGUAUUAAACAUACCAUCAUAACGCUAACGAUAUAUUGUACUACACUAUUAUACUCUAUUUACUACUAACCAAAUGCCAAGUAUGCUGGUCAUGUACUUGAACGAGUAUUGAUAUCUCCAUUGACUUUGAAAAACUUUGUCACUGAUCCUGUACGUCUUACAUUGGGUGACUGAUUACUUUGGACGACCCUGUGCUAGUUGUGGAACGCGGAAUAAAUGUUUCUUCUGGAAUUGUGACUUUCUUGUCUCGUAAGGAGUUUACGUUUAGUGGAGAAGACGAUUGUUAAAACGUACAGCUCUUCCGUACCGAGUUCUUGCACCUAUUAAGAAUGUCGCCGAACUUCCAAUUUCCCCUUGGAGCAACGUGGAAUCUUCUUCAACUUCUUCAUCGCUGCUUUCAUCAAAAUUGUCCCCCUCCUCUUCCUGGUUUACUGCGGCAUCGUCUGAAGUAUCAUCAGACUGCACGUCAAACGCAAUGGAGACAGGGUUCUCAAAGAUUUCACAUUGUCUCUGGUACAUAAACUCAGGGAGUGUACCGUGUCGUGUCAUAGUGGUCUCUUGGCGUACAGUUCGCUGUCUUACGGCAGCUCCAUAGGAGGCGGCCCAGUCCCUAAGUGAAUCACAGUCUGCUUGACACAUGUUGACGAUAGGAAGAGGAUUCAUCACAGGAACCUGGGACAGCAACAAGGCUCUCUCUGGAGUGGGGUACCAUGAUCGCCUGCUCGUGUGAUAGUACGCUGCCCAGUUGGUUACGCGUUUUACCGGUUCUUUCAUAGUAGUUCCGAAUGACUUGCAGUACUCUGCCUGGGAUAAGUUUGCCUGCUUUACAUGUACAGCAGCGUGGCAGUUCUCGACAUCAAGCGUCAUGCAGCUUAAUAGGUUUGUGUGGUCAUACAUAAAUUGUUUCAGGUUAGCAUGCAAUCUCUGUAGACCUGUCUAUCAUGGCAACUGGUGCCACUGUCCUGGCAGACACAUGCCCCUGCGGUCCAUUAAGUGUGGUGUGGAUGCCAGUCAACUUUUGAAUGUCACGGGUGUUCUCGUCAAGCAUCUGUCUGCACUGCCCCACAAGACCAAUGGCUUCUUCUGAAGACUUGACCGAGAAAUGAGCACCUCUGUCGUGCACGGAAAAGGCUUCGUAGAGACAGCCAAUUGCUUUGAGAAAGUGUGCGCGUUCUUGUAGUUUGGUACAGAGUUUGAUGGAGUUCGUCUGAGCGUCACAAACAUAAACCACACUUGCGAACUCAGAGCAGAUGCCUACCGGUUGCUUGAAGCGACACUCUUUGACCGGGCCAUCAGUACGCCCUUCUUCUUCGUCAGAGCCUGCAAACAAACGUAGGUGAUUGCCGUUAUCACUUAGUUACCAUACAGACGCCUUCGUUUGGUUUGUGUACAGGACGUCUUCGCCAAAACUUGUCAGAACGCAGGGCUGAUUAGUAAGCUCCACGGCUAAUCUGUAUUCACAGGUUUCCAGAUUGACAGUGCUUAUUCCUUGCCCAUGUGAAAGGAAUAGAUUCCCGCUAUUAAGGCACAUGCUGUUUACCUUCUUCCAGGCGGGCCUGUAAGGAACAAUUGCCUGAAAGUUCAUACCUUUAACAACAACACCGUACUUUUCUAUUUGGAGGGAGAUGAUUGAUUUAUCAAUGACUUCAGCUGCAUAAAUCAAAUCACUGUCUACACAAACCAUAACUUCAAAGCUUGGCUGCGUUACUCUAUCCCAGAAAUGAAUUUCGUCAUUCCGGACAGUGUGCGUUAAAUAAUGGUGUUUGACAGCUUCAGAAUAUUUUUUUAGCCUUGACGUUAUCUCUGCAACAGUCCCAGCAGGUGAUACGUUCAUCCUUCUUCUUCUUUUCUUUGUUUGUCAUGUAAAUCGAUCCUUCUUUAAAUUCGAUUACCUUUAUUGGACCACUGUCGGAAGCCAGAAAUAUGAUACCUUCGCAGCAAUGGAUCUCCUUGGCCUUGAGGUUUUUCCCAAGAGUAGUCACUUUGUCAACUGGACUGUGAAGGCGAGCUUUGAACGUGGUAGUACUUACCAAACUGUCUCUCUCAAUUUAAUGAGGCGCUUCUCAUUUUUGUUUACCUUACAACGAAAUUUGUUCUUUUUUCUGAAAUUCUCCCCUUCCUUUCCUUCUUCAUAGAAGAUUGCCACGCAAUUAAUUACUACGUCCUCUUCGCUUUCAGACCUUUCAGUUGCGACCUCAACGACCUCAGUUUCCAUUGUCGCGCAUUGAAUAAAAGCAACGAGAACACGAGGCUGUACGGCUGUACGAGCUAACAUCCGGCAUGAAAUUUCACGAAGUCGACGCAUCAUUGGCCAAAACGGUUAAUCACAUUAAGUAUUAACUGGAAAAGGCCGUAAUUGCAAACCACAGAGUUAAAUUGUAAGCUGAUAUAAUGAACCCUGAUGCGUUGUAAAACAAAACACUUGGCUCGCGCUUGCUAAACAACCGGAUGCCGACCGUUCUAGAGAGUGUUAUCACCGCAGACACUUUUUUUUUCACCGAAAACCGCGACUUAAAAGUUGUAAUAACCGCAAACCGCUUAAUGUUUAAAAACCGCAAUACCGCGAGUUAAAAUAAAAAUUACCGCAAAACCGCACCAAAAAUAACGCAAAACCGCAUCACCGCAAACCCUUACGCCCCCCUCCCUACAAAAUCACAUUUUUAUUUCAUAAGUCUGCAUUCCAUUUAGUUCGUUAUGAAGUUGGAAAACUAGUGACAGAACUGUUUCCAUAUGAAGAAUGUUUUGCUCUCUAAACUAUAUGUACGAUUCAAAAUCUCGGUCAAAGUACUUUCAAGACUAGAAGCGAUAUAUAGUUUUUCCAGAAAUAACAACAAUGACGUAAUGCUUAGUGCUGUGGCCACAUAUUAAAUACUUUAAACGUCCCUUGCUCUGAAAUAAAGGUUACUACAAAUUAUCCAGCGCAGUAUUGCGCAUCGUAGUAAUCUUACGUUCGUCGACAUGAAUUCUCGCCUUCGCUACCGGUGGCUCUUUCAAGUACUCUCUUUACUGUUGGUACUCGCUAUAAACAAAAUCAGUAAGUUAGAGGUUUCAUUUCCAUCCUUUUUAAACUAGAUUGUUUACCGGUUUCAUCCAUUGUUUAGGAAUAUCGUAAAGCAUUUUAAAAUUUUUACGACUUGGUGGAUCACUUGAAAAGUUAUAGUCAUAAAUUAAUGAAAAUACUUACCGUACAUACGUUAUAGUUUCAGUUACACUAGUCCAUUACAAUUCGUCGCGUUACGAAUAAUGAACUGAUAAGCAAAGAUAAUUGCUAAUUCCCAAAAAGACAGUUUAUCUUCAGCCGACAGCCGGUCUUUCACAGUGUAGUAAGCCUUUGACAACUGUUUUCAUUUCGUGCGAGUACAGCUGAUAAUGAGGUACAACUUGUUGACAAAUACUGAUCUUAACCUAUUUUCCUUAGGCGGUGAUGCAACGAAAUUUGAUCGUAUUUUUGUUUCCCAUCAAAGUGGCCAAGACACACCACAAUGCGGUUCUUGGACCGAGCCGUGCCAAACUUUGCCACAAGCACUGCUGUUGGUGAGGGAUGGAGGAAAGAUCUGUCUGGAUGGAAGAAACAGUGAAAGACAUCCUUACAGCUGUUUUUUCAGAGGGAAUGUUUCGAGAGAGUUUGGCAAAAGUGUGGCAAUAUUUGGUUUGUUUUCAAAGGCACACAUUACAUGUGAUCCACACUACGGCAAUCUUAAUUUUAGAUAUCCUGAGAAUCGCCUCUUUAAAUUAACUCUCUCCAACCUUGUAUUCCACAGCUAUGGAGUCGAUCUAACCUAUGUGAGCUAUUUCAAUGUAUCGAUAUCAAGCUGCAGGUUUAUAAACAGCUCCGUCGCAGUUAGUAUAGUACAGAAAGAGUCGAGAAUCCAGACAAAAUCUUCCAUCGUCGUCACUGACAGCGAAUUCUUGCACAAUAAAAUGUCCGUCCACGCCAUGUUGUAUCAAGGGUUGUUCACCUUAAGAAUGUCGAGGUGUGUCUUUCAGGGCAGGAAAAGACAUUUUAAUGGAGCUUCUGUUAAGAAAUUCACAAGAGCUGCGGCGGUAAACAUUAGGUACAACCGAUACCCGACAGAGAUGGUAUUCACAGACGGCUUAAUUACUGACUGUCUCUUUCGAGACCUUGGUCACGAGGACAAUAGCUUUGCAUUAUCAUUUCGGUCUUAUGGCUCCUUUGUCAGUGGAAGUGGAAGUUUAUUGAUAUCUAACUGCACCUUCCUAUGCAACGAGAAUGCCAUGUCGGUUGUGGUCGGAUUUUACGUACAGCUGCGUCGGGUGACAAUUAAUUCUACCUAUGGUUAUGCUUUACUGGGCGCUGUAUCUCCUAAAAUAAGCACCAGGGUUCCAGAUGUACGGCUAUCACUGGACAAUUGCAUUCUAUCAAACAACAAAAUAGGAAUAAAAAUGACCAUUCGCCGUGAUUCAUUCCUAUGCCAAGCAUACAGCCUGAUACUAGUUGUGAACAACAGUCUUUUCGUAGGAGGAAACUUAUCUCGACUGGACGGUGGCGCAGUUAGGGUUAUCGUGCAGUCAAUGUGUUCUUCUCUCACUCCACCCAGGCCGAAUUUUAUUAAAGGCGUUUUAAUUCUCGAAAACGUAACCUUUCAAAAAUUCCAUAACAGCGUACUCUAUGUAAAAAUGCAAAGGAAUGUAACGGGCAAAAUAUACGUAAAGAACUCCAAGUUUCUGAACAAUUCUGAAUUUCUUUAUCGACUGGUCGAACGACCGACCGUAAAGAUUCUAUUUGAUGAGGAGGCCCCUCCGGAAUGCCUCAAGAGAAACUACAACAGCAGAGAUGUAUGGGAUAAAAAAAAUCAGUUUCCGGUGCUAUUUGAAAACAGCAUAUUCGAAAACAACUUCGCUACCUCAGGAACAUUGAAUUUCUUCAAUGGAAACAUCACUUUCAAAAAUUGCUCUUUCAAAGACAACGAAGGAUUAACUCUGGGAGCGCAUAUUAAAAUGAAGAUCGGUUACGGAAGACUCAACAUCGUAAGUAGCAACUUCCUACAGACACGUUUGUAUGAGCAUUUUGAUACAGGGCCACGACGAAUUUUAAAUGAUGGAUGCUUUUUGUAUUCUGAGAGUGCUGGACCGGUCAUUAUCAGAAACUCGUCAUUUACAGCAAACAUCAGCAAGAAGUUCUACCCAAUCUUAGCUGUUACAAGGAGCAGUUUACUGCGAGCAGAUUUAAGUUCUACCAUACAGUGCCCGUCUGGCAAGUGGCUCAGAAUGGGUAUCAACGAAGAAAACGAGUUUUCGAAAGAAAGCGGGAUAUGUUGGAUGAAAAUAAAUUUCGUUAAAAUAUUCUGCGAAGAGUGCCCUUCUGGAUCUUAUACUCUACAAAGGGGACUUACAACUGGUUUGAAAAACAGAAAAGAAACUAAAUGUCUUAAAUGUCCAUACGGAGCGUCUUGUGCAAAUGGAACCAUCAAAGCCAAAGAGAACUUCUGGGGCUUGGAAGACACCUCGUCGAGUCCUCCAAGUCUAAAAUUUUUUCACUGUCCAUCUGAAUACUGCAACAGACCAAGCAAUUCCACCCACUAUGGUCACAACAGCUGUCAUGGAAGAAGGGACGGUGUGCUUUGUGGCAAGUGUUCUGAUGGGUACAGUGAGGCACUCUAUUCAACUUCGUGUAGAAAGAAAGACAAAUGUAAUAAUAACUGGUUUUGGCUGGCGACUGGGAUUUAUGUGGCUGCUUUUGCAGUUUACAUUGUCUUCAAGCCUCCCAUUUUCUCAGGGUUACUAAAGCAGAGUCUUUGGUUUAAGAAUAAACCUGCUGAAAGUGUCUUCAGGCAGACGUCAUUGAAAGAGGAUAAAAAACACGAUUUUGGAUAUCUAAAAAUCAUCUUUUAUUUUUAUCAAGUGGCAGAAGUGGUAAUGAUUAAGUCUCCAGAGAAAACGUUUCAUUUGGUACCCAUUAUUCCUCCCAUCAUUGCAAUUUUUAAUUUCCAGGUCAAAUCAUUGGACGGUAGCAUUGGCUGUCCAUUUCCUGGUCUCACUGCCGUAACCAAGGAACUGUUCAAGUGUAUGAAGUUCUUAGGAACGUUGCUUUCCAUUGGUCUUAUUUAUGUACUUCAUAGGGCCACCAGUAGGUCCCUGCACACAGCUCCACCAUCAAUAAAAUUAUACCUGGCUGUUGCUUUAGAAACACUUUUGCUUGGUUAUGAAAGACUUGCUGAUACAUCCCUUAAACUUAUGCAUUGUGUUCCUAUUGAUAAGGAUUGGCGUCUUUUCGUCGAUGGAACCAUUCAGUGUUGGCAGUGGUGGCAGUUCCUGCUUACCUCGUUCAUAAUGUCAUUCAUCAUCCCCCUCGUUCUAGUUCUUUUCUGGGGAUCAUUGAGACUUAGCAAAGACAAAGUAACGGCCAAGGAAUUUUUAAUAGCUUGCGCAUUCCCGUUGCCUUGCCUUCUCUUUUGGAUGUUUCGUGAAUAUAGAAAAAAAGAUGAUCAACAAAUGCUUAACGUUGGAUGCGUUGACGAUGCGAAAGAAAUAAAGCAGGUUCUCCACGGUCCAUUUCGCGCAGGCUCCAGCGAGGAUCAAGGCACCCUAUACUGGGAAGGCGUACUGACUGGCAGAAGAUUGAUUCUGUUGGUCAUCCAUACAUUCGCUACUGACCCCACUAUUCGCUUUGUCUGCCUCAGUUGCGCAUGUGUUAUUAUUCUGGUCCAUCACCUCACAGUGAGGCCUUUUUGCGAACGCAAAGCUAACAUCUGUGAAGGCUUUUCUCUGCUGAGCCUAGUUGUUAUUUGCAUGUUCAGUUUAACCGAAGCUACGCUCAUUUCUCAUGGAAUAGAUCCCACAGGACAAAGCAAAGACCUCUUCCAUGCUGUACAGUGGAUCGAGAUCGGUCUUCUUAGCUUGGCACCUUUGGCGCUGUGCCUCCUUGUAGCUUUUUGUGCACUUUCUCAAGUCGCCCGCCUGUUGUACUACUUCAUCACGUGCCUUUCACAUGUUAAAAAAAGCAAACGUUGUACCCAAGAGUCGUCGACCCAUAGGCCAUUUGUGGUUGACUGGGACUUGGAGGAAAUUCAAGUUCUUGCAUGA